AUGGAGAACGCAGGGAACGUGGAGGGAUUCAUGGAAGACUUCUGGAGGAACGAGAGCCAGUCGCUCUCCCUCGACGAGGGUGUCAUCCAGUUGGGAGGAAACAUGACCGAAGCCAGGGGUUUCGUCAUCGUCAAGUCCAUUGCCGUCACUCUCUAUUCCUUGAUCAUGAUCCUCGGUCUCUGCGGGAACAGCCUGGUCAUCUACGUCGUCCUUCGAUACUCCAAGAUGCAGACCGUCACGAAUCUGUACAUCUUGAACCUGGCCCUGGCCGACGAGUGCUUCCUCGUCGGUCUCCCGUUCGUCAUCAUCACGUCCUUCUCGCCGUGGCCCUUCGGGACGACCAUGUGUCGGGUCUACAUGACGAUGACGGGCAUCAACCAAUUCACUAGUAGCAUCAUCCUGACGGUGAUGAGCGCUGAUCGUUACAUUGCCGUCUGCCACCCGAUCUCGGCACCUCGUCUGAGAACCCCUCUCAUCUCGAGGAUCGUUUCCCUGACGGCCUGGACGGCCUCGGCUCUUCUGAUCGUUCCCAUCUUCAUGUAUUCCGGGGUCCUGGGGAAGGAAGAGCGGCGAUCCUGUAACGUCAUCUUUCCGGAUUCCGACAGCAUGAGAGGGGAGACGUGCUUCAUCUUCUACAGCUUCGCCCUCAGCUUUGCCAUCCCCGUCAUUCUCAUCUUCAUCUUCUAUAGCCUCGUCAUCCGAAAGCUACGAACCGUGGGUCCCAAGAACAGAUCCCAGGAGAAGAGGAAAUCCCACAGGAAGGUGACGAAGCUGGUCUUGACCGUCAUAGCCGUGUACGUCUUCUGCUGGUUGCCCUAUUGGACGACUCAGCUGAGCCUUCUCCUCACGCCCUACCGAUCCACGAUGUCCCACGAGGCCGUUACGGUUUUCCUCUUGGCUUCUUGUCUCGCCUACAGCAACUCUGCCAUCAACCCCAUUCUCUACGCUUUCUUAAGCGAGAAUUUCAAGAAGAGUUUCAGUCGGGCCUGCCGAUGCCACUUGAGAAGGGGAGGAUUCCAGGAACAGACCCAGGUUAGCCGCCGCCAGGCCGGACCCACCACGAUCAACGGCCCCGUCACUAGUAACCGAGACGCGACCGAUGACGCUAAGACACUGGUCGUCGCCGAAACCCAGCAGUAG